AUGGAAAAUCAAUUCAUUCCUAUAGUUAAUGCGCCCGCUGCGCAUCAACUAAGAGAUAUUCAAAGGCAAGUAGUAGUGAACAAUCCUUCAGAAGCUCGGAACUAUGAGCUUAAAACGAUUCAUCUUAAUAUGUUGCCUCAAUUCAAUGGAAUGACGGUUGACGACCCUUUGGCAUUCAUCAAAGAAUUCUACGGUGUGGUUGAAACUUUUCCAUUGAAUAGAUUGACAGAGGAGGAACUAAGGAAAAGAUGUUUUCCUUAUUGCAUGAAGUUGAGUGCAAGAACUUGGCUUUUGAACUUGCCUGAAGGAUCAUUCAGUAUGUGGGAAGAAGUGUAUAAUGCUUUCAUUACAAAAUAUUAUUCCCCGCAAAAGACUCUUGAUCUUCGCGGCAAGAUCUAUAAUAUUACCCAAUUGGAUGGCGAACCAUUCCAUGAGGCGUGGGAACGCUUCAAGAUGCUUCUUGCUCAAUGCCCACAUGGAUUGACUAUGAGUGGACAAACUUUGGUCGAAACGGCAUCUGGAGGAAAUUAUGGAGAAAAGACGGCAGCUGAAAUCAACCAAAUCUAUGAGAAUGUCGCUUUAAAUUCUCAACACAGAGCUAUUAGAGGACGAAGGGCAGCCGUACAUGAGGUGUCUUCACAACAUGACAUUGUAUCAGAAGUUGUUGAGCUAACUAAGCAAGGGCAUAUUGCAACUUCUUACAAUUAUACCAACGAAGUUCAAUCAGAGGAAGCCAAUUUUGUUAGCUACAAUCAAAACAGACAACCAAGGAAUGAUCCUUACUCAAAUACAUAUAAUCCAGGGUGGCGGAAUCAUCCAAAUUUUUCAUGGAGAGAUGGAAACAACACUAAACCGCAAGGACCACCUGGAUUUCAACAAAAUAGAGCGGCACCUCCACCUCCACAACAAGAAAAGAAACCAUCUCUCGAAGAUAUGAUGGCACAAUUUAUGGCAAAUCAAGAUGGCCAUAAUAAGAAGAUGGAACAGCGAAUGUGCCAAAUCGAGAAUGCGCAUCAAUCUUCGAUUCAUAAUGUGGAACGUCAACUUGGGCAAUUAGCCAAAAAGAUAGCUAAAAGAGAACAAGGAAAAUUCCCAAGCAACACCGAGACCAAUCCUAAGGAAGGAGCUAUGACUAUCUCUUCAAGGAGUGGCAAGGAAGUUGACAACUCACCAAAAGAGAAAAAGAAAGAAAACCACAUUGUGAUUGAGGAAGAGGAGGCCGGUAAAAAUAUGGAGGAGGAAAUUACUGUGGAAAAAUCUCCACCAACAGUCAAGGCAUACGUUCCUCUGAUACCAUACCCUCAGCGACAAAGGAAGAGGAUAAACGAGCUACAUUUUCAGAAUUUUCUUGAUAUUUUCAAGAAAAUUCAAAUCAACAUUCCAUUCGCCGAGGCAUUGGCGCAAAUGCCCUCGUACGCAAAGUUCUUGAAGGAGAUUGUCUCUAACAAGAACAAAUUGGAGGAAUAUUCAAUGGUGGCUCUGACUGAGGAGUGUAGUGCAAUACUGCAAAAGAAACUACCGCCAAAGCUAAAUGAUUCAGGGAGUUUUUCCAUUCCCUGUACUAUUGGAAAUGUUAACGUUGCUAGUUGUUUAUGUGAUUUAGGUGCUAGCAUCAAUCUGAUGCCACUAUCUUUGGUACGGAAGUUGGGGAUUACUGAAAUGAAACCUACCACAGUUUCAUUACAGUUGGCAGACAGAUCAGUAAAGAGACCACUUGGCAUAGUGGAGGAUUUAUUGGUAAAAGUUGGUAAAAUCUAUUUACCUGCUGAUUUUUUGGUCCUUGAUAUGAAUGACGAUGUGGACUUAUCCAUUAUUCUAGGCAGACCAUUUUUGGCUACAGGACGAGUGUUGAUAGAUGUGCAAAGCGGAAAAUUGACAUUUAGGGCAGGUGAAGACAUAGAAGAAUUCAACAUCAUUAAAUCCCUAAAGAACUCUGAAUUUGUUGACUCAUGUAACAGUGUUGAUAUAAUCGAUAAGAUUGUAGAAGAAAUAUUUGUGAAAGAGUCAUAUAAUGAACCGCUAUAA